AUGGAGCAAACGAGGGUACUUGCUCGCCGCCGCUGCCUGCGCCCGUACCCUCACCCGAUAUUACAAAAAAAAGUUCUUGUGCCUCAAAAGAACAUCGAGCAAGUAAUCAGGCGACUUCCACAACUGCAUGACGAAAAUUACUAUAAGAGCAAACUCGUUAGAUCUGAACUACAGGAGUACUUAGCUCUGCCAGAUGGUAAGGACACUGAACUGAAAGUGCUAUACAAAAUAUACGAAUACGAAGAGUUAAAAGACUCCUCAGACUUCACCAUAGACGAUUGGAUCAAAAUGGCAAGAGAUAUUAAGAGAUUCUACCACGACUACGAUGGGUUCGUGGUAUUACACGGAACAGACACCACGGCAUACGGAGGAUCUGUACUUUCAUUCAUGCUGGAGGUUGUUGGGAAGACCGUCGUGCUCACAGGAGCACAGGUGCCGAUUUUCCAACCUCGAAGUGAUGGCAAUAACAACCUCUUAUGUGCUCUUCUCAUCGCAGCUACACUCCACAUUCCCGAAGUGACAGUAUUCUUUGGAGCUAAACUCUUCAGAGGAUGCAGAGUAAAGAAAGUAUCAAACACACGUAUCUACGCCUUCGACUCGCCGAACUUCCCACCUCUACUGGAAGCGAAGACUACCCUGGACAUCGAUCCGAAGAUGCUGAUCCACCCCCCUGGCUCCGUGCCCAACGAAUGCAGGUUACAUGAUAAGUUGUCCACGAAAGUAUAUGUGCUUAAAGUUGCUCCUACCAUUACACCGGAGGUUAUUCGUGCAGUCUUUGAAGGCAUGGAAGGCGUAGUCCUAGAGACGUACGGCAACGGCAAUAUUCCAAUCAAGCGCAAAGAGAUCUACAAAGAAAUAGAGCGCGCGGUCAAGAACAACGUGUUGGUCGUGAACGUCACGCAGUGCAUCAACGGCACAGUGCUUGGGAAGCCCAUUUAUGAGACUGGAUUGCUCCUCAUUGAAUGCGGUGUAGUACCGGCGUUCGACAUGACAGCUGAAGCAGCGCUUGCCAAGCUGUCCUACGUGCUUACGAAGACCGAACUCACUUAUCAACAGAAAGUGGAGUUAAUGAAGACAAAUAUACGAGGAGAACUGUACAACCCGAGUCAUGCGUAAUAAAAAUUUCUUUGAGUGUCCGUUUCGAAAGUAAACAAGACAAUGUCUAAUACCUAAACUCAAGAACUUUAAGAAAACAUCAUUGAUAACGCGGUAAAGCGUCAGCGUGCAUUUUAUGAUUGUCGCGAUAUCAGUGUUGGAGCACUGCAAAUGUGACAUUGUAAAAUUAACGCUAUCAAUGACGCGUAGGUGGAAUUCCAAAUUUAAAAAAUACAACCACAUUAUUUUAGCGCUUGCUAGAUAUGAAUUCCAAUUAUAAAUCUGUUAUUUGUCGUAAAGAUUUUAUUUCCCUUAUGGCCUUCAGUAGUGUUGUCUAGUAGGAAGAAUUUAGAAAAUAUACUUAUGUCAUGCGAUUA